AUGGCGCUUCGUGCUACUCAAGGGACUGGCCGCAUCGCGGCAGCGCUCCGGCGUGUCGCUAGGCCUUUCGCUACUGACGCGGUGGUUGAGUCGGAUUACAAGCGUGGGGAGAUCGGAAAGGUCUCCGGAAUCCCAGAGGAGCAUCUUACCCGAAAGGUGAUAAUAUACUCACCAGCUAGAACAGCUACCCAGCAAGGAUCUGGAAAACUUGGAAAAUGGAAGAUUAACUUCGUCUCCACCCUAAAGUGGGAGAAUCCAUUGAUGGGAUGGACUUCUACUGGAGAUCCCUAUGCCAAUGUUGGUGACUCGGCUCUUGGGUUCGAUUCUGAAGAAGCUGCAAAGUCAUUUGCUGAGCGUCAUGGUUGGGAUUAUGUGGUCAAGAAGCCUAAGACGCCGUUAUUGAAGGCUAAGUCCUACUCGGACAACUUCAAGUGGAAAGGCUUUCCUCAACCAGAGAACUGA